AUGGAGAACUACUCCUAUAAUUCCUACCCGGAGUCCGGCAACUCAUCACCCCGCUCACGCGAAAUCGAAUUCGAAAACCCUGCUCCAUGGGAGGAUCAACAACAAGCUCAGAACUACAAGGUCAAGUUCAUGUGUGGCUAUGGCGGCAAAAUUAAUCCCAGACCUCACGACAAUCAGCUUUCUUACGUCGGCGGUGAAACCAAAAUACUCGCCGUUGAUCGGAAUAUCAGAUUCGGUUUACUUCUCUCCAAACUCUCCGCUCUGUGUGAUGCCGAUAAUGUGUCCUUCAAGUACCAGCUUCCCGGUGAAGACCUUGAUGCUUUGAUCUCGGUGACGAAUGAAGAUGAUCUUGAGCACAUGAUGAGCGAAUACGAUCGGUUGUAUCGAGCGUCGCCUAAGCCUGCGAGAUUGAGGUUGUUCUUGUUUCCGAUGAAUCCAUCGGCGGUGGUGACGCAACGGAAUCAGAGUUUCGGUUCGGAUGAGGGUAAGUCGGAGAAGGAAAGAUUUGUGGAGGCUUUGAAUUCUGGUCCGAUCCAGACUUCUCUGCCGCCGUCGACGGUGGCGCCGCCAAGUAAUGUGGAUUUUCUGUUUGGUUUGGAGAAAGGAAUGGCUGCACCACCACUACCACCUGCCGUGGCAGCAAAAUUUCGAGAUUCGUUUCCGGAACCGGAAGUUCCACUUCCCGGUGUAGAAGCUCGGUUUACCGGAACAGAUCCGAUUCAAAAACAUAUUGAAGAUUUGCAGAGGCUGCGAAUUAGCGCUGAAGAGCAAGCUACGCAUCGGAGAAAAAGCGAUGAAAAUUUAACUGGAGGAUUUACCGGCGACUAUUAUGUGCAGAAAAUGCCAGAAAAAGUAGCUCCACCAAUUCCGGUUACUAUGCCGGGAAUGGCAGGUUACUGGCAAGAAAAACCAGUUACCGGUGGAGUUUUCCCGGCGAGUACAUGGGGAACGGAGCAACCGGUAUACAUGAUCCAAGCUCCGGCGACAGGUGUCUAUCAAACGCCGUCUAUGGGAAGACCAAUGAAUGGACCAAGCGGUCAGGGGUACUACGCUGUCCAGAGGAUGCCGCCGGAGGUUUACCGGGAGCAGCAAGUCUACGGUUUGAUGCAACCGGUACAAUCCGCUGGACCGUCCGCUGCAACAUCGGUUCAGGCGAGUCUGCCGCCACAGGCACCACCUAAGAUGGCAGCGUACUCGGAAGGGAUAGGGAUGAUGAAACAGCCUACAAGUGGAGGAUUGGGGGUGGCGGAUACGGGGUACGCACAGGUGGGAUAUGAUAGUGGGUUUGGUAGGCAGGUUUUCUACACUGCACCGGGAGGGGCUGUGCCAGUAGCUCCACAGUAUCAGGCAGUUGCUGCUGCGGCGGUUAGUGCAGACAUGAGACCAGGUGGUGUAUUGAAUCAACAGGGUGGGAAGGUGUGA